AUGGCCCCUUCGAGAGCGCGCAAUCGACUGCGAGCCGACUUGAUGUCGGCUGCCCAGGCCGACCUUCCCAUUCCCAACAUCCUCGACAUCAAGAAGGGAGAUGCUGAAGAUGAAAUCGUCUUCACAUUCACUCACCCACAGUUGUCCCCGUCCCCCACCGCCGAGAUACACGUGCUACCUCAAGAUGUUGCCGGCUACCCGGAUGAGAACUUCUUCCUUGCCUACACCACCAACGACGUACCCGCUGCCAUAGCAAAAACCCUCGAGGACUCAAUGGGCGAGACUGCAGGCAUGCGAAUUGGAGACAUGCUCGAAGCUCUUUCUAGCAGCCUUUGUGCCAGCUUGGACUCUAUUCAGAAUGGAGAACGUGAAGAUUCUGUCAUGACUGAUGUCGAUGCAGACGAAGACUUCCCUGAUGCUGCAGAUGAGAGCGAAGAGGAUGUCAACUUCGAAUAUGGAGAUGAGGACGAUUUUGGUCAGGAGCAUGCGGCGUUCGCAGGACCAGUCAAAAUGACCUCAACCUCAACCUCGACUCUCAGUCGCAUUCGCCAAGACCUUCGCAUUGUCAAGAAUGCAGGCUUCAGAGUCGGGAAGAUUUGCGGUUUCGAUCAAGCCAACGCGCACAGCAUCGUCUCGACGUCCGUCAGGGUUAGCAACCUAGGCCUUUCUGAAGAGACUCGCGAGGCCUGGAACCUUUCGUCUUCCGAUUACAUUGUAUUGCUCAUUCGGUACACUGGAGAGUACACAACAUUAGAGGAUGCCUUGAGGAGACCUGCUGAACAGUCUCGGAUGAAAUUCCGCCUGCGGAAGUGCUCCAAGUAUCGACCUACGCUUGCGCAAGCUCUCGCAGCAUUGUCCUCGGAAACGAAGAAGAAAUCGUCCCUGUUUCCGAUCGCGACCAGUGCACCGGCAACAGAGGCAGCGGACUGCGACUUUUCGCUACUCGGAAUUGGCGAGUCAAUCGAUAUGUUCAUGGACCAAGAUUUCAUUCCGAUGAUGAAGUUGAGGAAGCAGGAGAAGUUAUCUUGGGACGCAGCUAAGAAGCUGCAUUCCACCCUCGUCAAAUCUCUGUCUUCUAGAGCCUGGAACUCCUUAGAAGACCCCAAGAUGCCCGCACAGAGUGAGCUGAACCUGAACGAGUGCGAUGAUGAGGCGAAACUGCCACCGAUCCUCGCGAACGACCAUUCAUGCAGCGAUGGUGGAAUAUCAUUGCCACUCAUUGCGACUCAGUUCGCUUUACGUCAUCUCGUCAGAUGCACCGAUUACUGCAUGAUUUGCCACGAGAAGAUAGAGGGCAACUUCGAAGCACUGAAGCCGUAUGUCUGCGGUAAUCCACUCUGCCUUUUCCAGUACAUGAGUCUAGGCUUUGGCCCAAGCAUUGAUCAUGAAAUCAUCACCCAACCCUACGUUGUUGAUCUGUUGAUCAGCUUCUGCUACGCCAGUCUACGAAGUGGUCCAACGAUCAAGAUGCGAGAGUUCCCCACCGGCUUGAGCUUACAGGUUGCCAACAUCUACCCCCCCGAGGGUCCAUAUGUACCAGACUACGAAUAUACCUACAUACCUGCUCCUCCUCCCCUUCCUCCCCCGCCUCCUGGGAGGAAGGUUGCAAUUAAUGGGGCGGUUCUCAUUGAUCCGGUCGACAUAACCCUUGACUGGGGAAGCUCCGUAGUCACCAUAAAAUCUGCAGUCGAUGCUCACAACCCUGGGUUCAGAGAGGGACGUUGGGUGGUUCUCUGUACGCGGCUGAUUGUCGACAGCGCAUCCCAGAAUGCGACGAGCCAUGUUCUGCACCACGCUCGCAUUGAACAAAAGACUGGGCCGUUACUUCAAGUACGUGUUGCGUCGCGCCACCUUAUGCCACUGUCUUUCAAUGCCAGCGAAGAGACCAUGGGAGAUUAUGCCAGCACAGGCCCCAUUGCCGGCCAUGUCGUGUUCUGCGACCAGAACCUCGACGACUUAAGCCCGCAAAGCAAAGCCCUCUCUAUGACCAUACUGCUUUCAACGUUACCCUCUGUCAUGGAAAUGAGAGCGUAUUUGACCGAGAGCCAAUCACGGCAAUUGGCCACAUGGGAUAGAAUGACGCCAGGUGCGAUGGGCUUGUUGAGAUGGGUCGUCGCAUCUAAUCGAUCCUAUAUCGUGCAAGUCGACGAAUGCCCCAGCGCAGGGCAAGACCAGAAUGUCGGUAAGUUCGGACGAAAUCGCGAGAGAAUAGCCGGUGUCGAUGACUGGAUCCAGUUCAGGUUUGCUCAAGGGUCUCCCGAGAAGGAAGCCCUCUUUCAGGAUGCCCUGAAGCAGGUCACGAAACCACAGCGAACGCUGGUCGCGUGGCAUGGGAGCCCCCUGGGAAACUGGCACAGCAUCAUUCGCCAAGGCUUGGACUAUAAGGUCACUGAACAUGGUCGGGCUUUUGGAAAUGGUGUUUAUUUCAGCCGGGACUUUGACUACAGCCUCAGCUACACGAAUAUGCAGCCCUGGAAUAGAUCGAACAGCACCGAGUCCUUGACAUGGCCUCGGUCCGCUUUGAAGGCCACCGGUGCAAUCAGUCUGAACGAACUUGUCAAUCUACCAGAACAAUAUCAAGAGAACAGAACCCAUUUCGUGGUCCAGCAUUGUCACUGGAUACAAUGCAGGUAUCUCUUCGUCUUGCCCAUAAGUGAUGUGUCUCCGAACACUGCGCACCAGAACUCAGCAGCGGUUCAGAAGCGAAUCCCUGGGGAAGAAUUCGUCCAGGAUAGUCGAUGGACGACCACAGGCCCGGGACGUGGGGAGCUUUACAUUCCAAAGAUUGCCAUUCCAUCUGCGCAGGAUGGGAAUAAGUCAACCCAGUCUACUUCCUCCCAGACGAACGAGGACACACCGUAUGGGGACAGCGACGAGGACAUCGAAGACACCCUCUUCCUUGAAGAAGAUACGCAGAGCACACCUACUGUUUCGGCAGGCAUGAAACAUAACCUCAUUGGUGGCCUGCCCCCGACUCCGACUCAUCAAGAGCCACAAACGGAUUUUCGACCAGGGACGCUGGAUCUUUCUGCUCUCCCUCAGCUCGCACCACCGUCCUACGCCACUGAGGCCGCCCAGAAAACUAUCCAGCGGGAGCUGAAGAAAAUGCAACAGACACAGGCUACGACACCGCUCCACGAGCUAGGAUGGUACAUGGACUUUGAGAACAUCAACAACAUGUUCCAGUGGAUUGUUGAGCUGCAUUCUUUUGAUCCGGAUUUGCCCCUUGCACAGGACAUGAAGAAAGCCAAGAUCACCAGCAUUGUCCUCGAGAUUCGUUUUCUACGCGGAUUCCCGAUUUCUCCACCGUUUGUGCGAGUAAUCCGCCCUCGGUUCCUCCCAUUCAUGAAUGGCGGAGGUGGUCAUGUAACGACUGGGGGUGCCAUGUGCAUGGAACUACUUACCAACAGCGGCUGGAGUCCAGCAAACAGCCUCGAAAGCGUCCUCCUGCAGGUUCGCAUGGCAAUAUGCAGCUCGGUCCCGAAGCCUGCUCGACUGGAAAGUUGCAUGUAUGGUCAAGACGGCUCGGAUCGAAUGUAUGGGGUAGUGGAGGCCGUCGAAGCGUACAAGCGUGCGGCGGCAAACCAUGAUUGGGAAGUGCCAAAGGACCUGGACGAAGCCACUCAGCAGAUGCAGCCUGUUGCCUCUGGCGCAACUUAG